AUGGCCCAGCCCCAAGGAGACACGAACCCGCUGCCCAAGGCCUCAGACGAGCCAGGCAAGUCGAACGUGCCCAGCACCCUGCAGAUCCACUCUUAUAAAACAGACAUCUGUAGCCUUGGCAGGUACAAGGGCAAAGCCGUCGCAGACACUGCCACCCUGUCCCGGGAACCGAUCUUCCACAGUACCCUGACGGUGGCUGGGACGAGCGGGACACGCCGGAGGGGGACGCUGCGAGAACUGUUGGGGCUGCAGGGGGCGGCUCCCGCCGAGUGGCUCUCGAAGGAGAACUUGGAGCCGGCUGCACCUGGGUCCCGCCGCUCUAGCGGACAGGGCAGCAGCCGAGUGUGCCUGGAGCCGCGGGAACAUGAGUGGAUUCUGGCAGCCGCUGAAGGCCGUCUUGAGGUGUUGUUGGAGUUGCUGGAGGCUGAGCCCAGCUUGCUGAUGCGGGACGACCCGAUCACGGGCUACAACGUGCUGCACUGGCUGGCAAAGCACGGGCGCCACGAGGAACUCAUUCUGUUGCAUGAUUUUGCCCAGCGCCGGGGACUGCCAUUUGAUGUGAGCGCCCCCGGCAGCGGUGGCCUCACACCGCUCCACCUGGCGGCUCUGCAGGGCCACGAUAUGGUCAUCAAGGUACUGGUGGGAGCCCUGGGGGCUGACCCCACGCGUCGCGAUCACAGUGGCCACCGGCCUUGUCACUAUCUGCGGCCCGAUGCUUCUCAGAACCUGCGGGAGCUGUCCGGCGCCGAAGAAUGGGAGAUGGCACGCGACAAAGAGCGCGACAACGCCAACAACAACAGCAGCAGCACCACCACUGGGUGGUCACUGAGACACACCCCAAGUGUGUUGCAUCUCAAGUCCAUGGGGACACACUGCAAAGAGGCGGCUCAGCCAGCCAAAGAGAAUAAAAAGAAGAAGAAGGCUUCAGGCAAUCAGGGAGGACCGGGCAAUGGCCUUAUGCGCCAUCUGUUCCCCUUCAUCCAGAACCGUUGAAGGUGACGUGGACUUAAAGAGCUCAUUCUUAGGGCUGUUCCCGAACCCACUCAAGUAGAUGCUCCUUAGAUGCAGCUUGGGCCUGUAAUGGACAGACCAUGUCUGGGCCCCCAGCCCUGUCCCAGGUCUCCUGACACUAGCUAACUGUCAGAAGAAUCGAUCGAGAAGGGGAACCAAGAACCAGGCUGGCCUGGACGCCCAGCCCCAAUGUUACAGGAUGGAGGACGUUUGGAGCAAGUGUCGUGAUCCUGCUUGGAAGAGAGAGGGAAAGUUACACUUCUAGUAGCUGUUUCUAGGAAGAUUAAAGUGCUGAGUUUAUUAGACAAUAUUAAAAAAUAAUUUAAGACUGUAAAGUACUGCUGCGGACUAAAUGCCAAAUACUUGCCUGCCUAGUCUGCUGUUGCAAACCUCCCUGUACUGGUAGCGUUCGCCUCUGGCGAUCUACCUGCUCCUGAGACUGGGCAGUCCUUACCAGCGCC